AUGGCAGAACGAUCAGCAAAGGGGCGCUUCUUUCCGCCCUACUACAAAUAUCCAGUGUUCGCGUUCUGCGGCUUCGAGCUGCUGCUGACCGCCUGCAUUCUCGCCAUCUCAGAAGCCUACUACAAGAAGGGGUCCAUCAUUUUGCCGAUUUCAUAUGAAAUGUUCCAGGACACCCUCGACAAGCAUGUGCCCGGCUUCACCUGGAACAACGACAUGCGCGCCUUACUGGAGUCGUACCGCUUCAAGCUGAUGUGCCUGUGGGCCGUCUCGGCUGUCGGCGUCACGAUUUCCAUGCUCUUCAUCAUCCCCCAGUUUUUCGACUAUAAUGACGCGCGGGGGAAUCGCAGUCAGCUGUGCCUCGUCCGGAAGAAGGUCGGCCUGAUCCUGACGAUAAUGAUGGCCAUUUUUGUGGUAGUGCUAGGCAUCACCAUCAUCUGGGCAUGGUACGACUGCCGGACGGCCGCCAUGCUCUUCCACGAGAAGUUUGACGGCUGCGAGAAGGAAGAAAUCUACCUCACCAAGCUCGAGGAGCGGCUGCACUGCGUGCUCGACGACGACCGCGAGGUGCCGGCUGUUGAACGCUGCUACUUCCAAGCCAAGGCCUCGUUCUUGAACCCACACUGGAUGGACGCCAUCUUAGGAGCCUACCUGAUCGGCCACGCCCUAAUGAUCCUCACCCUCCCGCUGCUCAAUCGACAACUGCUCCCCGACGACGAUGAGGAUAGCUUAUACGGCAAUGAAGAAAAAGAACAUAUCGAAGUC